GUCUACGCUAUGUAAAAAUACUGUAUAGCUACAUGGCAUGGUUUGACUUGAGUUAUAAUCCCUUGCCUCUUCAGGUGGGAGAUGCCUUGGAAUCUGCAGGUAAAAGGCUUGGAAGGAAAAACUAUGAAUUUUGUAAUGGAUAAAGAACAAACAGAUUGUACAGUUGAUGAUGUAAAACGUCUUAUUGAGGCAAGAACAGGAAUACCUCCUAAUGAGCAACGCCUCCUGUUUGAAGCUAAGCAAUUAGUAGAUGGAAAAAAGCUCUGUGAAUAUUCCAUCAGGGACAACUCUACAAUUUUUUUGGUAAUGCGGCUACCAGGUGGGGCAAAAAGGCCAUCUCCACCUGUGCAAAGGAAGGUUAAUCCUUCCGUACCUCGUAGCAAAAGGGAAUGCAUGAUAAUGUUUACAAAUGAUGAUAAUGUCAAGAUGCCCUGUGGACAUACAAUUUCCCCCGAUGCCCUUAUUGAUCAUAGCUGGAAUGAGAUUUGUGUUAACCGGAAGACACAAGUCCAAUGUUGUCUGUGCAGCAAAAAUUGGGAUCCUGACAUUAUUCGAAGGUAUGGUGGUGCUACUGAUAAGGAAAUUGCUAUCUUGCAAGAGUGUAUGUCUGCUAAUUAUUGCCAAAAAGAUCCUAAAAUAUCUGAGUGCCCAUCUUGUUACACAAUUUGUGAGAGACAAAAUGAAUCAAAUCAGUGUGUAAUGUGUCGUAUUUGCACAAAGAAGAAGGGAAAAUCAUAUCACUUCUGCUGGGAAUGCAAAAGAGAAUGGAUUGGAAGUGUCACUAAUUCGGUGUGCGGUAAUGCUAAUUGCAAUCCAAGGGAAUUACUAGAGAAGCUAAAAAAUUGUCCAAUGAAAAAAAUGGAUUACUUCGAGGGAGUGUAUGUUCCAUCGUUUCGUGCUUGUCCAUGUUGUGGUUGUCCAAUUGAACAUGCUGGUGAGUGCAAGCAUAUGCAGUGCAGGAUUUGCUCAAAGGAAUUCUGUUUCGUUUGCCUACGUAUUCGUGUCGGAGGCUCAUGGCCAUGCGGUAUUUACAGAGAUCCUUGUCAUCCUGCACCUCGUCAGACAACAAUUCCACGCCGUAACUAAACAGAAUUAUUAUAAACAAGUGUAGAGUGCAUAAGUAAUAAUGAUGAUUGUAAAACUAGUUUUAUAAGGUUAUUAGUGUCAUGCAUUGUGGGUGUAGGUCACAUAUUAUAAUAGUGUUAAUAAUAAUUAUAUAUUUGCUAUUUUAGAAGAGCUAGAAAAACAAUCAACAGAUGUAUGUGAUCUUCAUGGGUUUUUAACUGACUUACAGCCG